UUGACAAUCCAAAUCCGAAAAGGCAAACGAGCCACUGAGCCACAGUGCCUUGGCUCCCAAAGAUCUCUGAAUUCUGAAGAUCUACUCUUUCCGAACCAAACCGGGGACUCGAAAGCAGCGGUUUACUUUCAGCUCUCCAAUGGCAGAUUCCGCCCUCCUCCCGCCCACCGCCUUAUAGCGCAUCACAUAGUCGACACCAUCGCUCCUAUUUUCUUCAGAGUUAGUCGCACGAUGUGGCUUCCUCUCCGAUUGACUCUUCUGUUGCUCUUUCUACUACUUUCGCCUCGGGCGCUCCUCCGCUCUGGAUCGGCGGCAGUGGUAAGUGGAGAGGAAGAAGAGUUCCAUGAAGAGCUGCUGCUGAAGCCUUUGCCUGAUCGGAAAGUCUUGGCCCAUUUCCAUUUCCAUAGCAUAGCUCCUCCUUCCAAAUCCAAUGGCCGCCACCAUCAUCUCUUCCCCAAAGCCAUCUCUCAGCUGGUCCAGAAGUUCAGAGUUAAAGAAAUGGAACUAUCUUUCACACAAGGUCGUUGGAACUAUGAACGUUGGGGUGGAUUCGAUCCCAUAUCUAGUAACAACGCUAAGCCUCCUGGAGUUGAAUUAUGGGCUGUCUUUGAUGUCCCCGAAGACCAAGUUGAUGCUUACUGGAAGAAUUUGACCAAUUCUCUGUCUGGACUUUUUUGUGCUUCCAUUAAUUUCCUGGAGUCCUCCACCAUGUAUUCAGCACCUAAAUGGAGCUUCCGAAUUACACCAGGAAGGCUCAGAUAUGGUACAUUACCGCGCGAGGCUGUUUGCACUGAGAAUCUGACUCCAUGGUUGAAGCUCCUCCCAUGUCGGGAUAAAGCUGGGCUCGCUGCCUUGUUGGAUAGACCAUCCAUCUACAAGGGUUUUUAUCACUCUCAGCGGUUGUAUUUAACCUCAAAUGCAUCUGUUCCUGCGGAGACCGUUUCAGGUAUCUCUCUGGAACAAACACUUACUGUCGUUCUUCAGCCCAACAGUCCUUCGUCUAGCUCCAUUCACUCCGGUGAGAGCAAUUUUCAACCGAGUUGGUCUUUAAGUUCGAUCUUUGGAAGGAAGAUUAGUGGGAAAUGUGUUCUUGCUCAAUCUAGUAUAGUGUACCUUCAGCUUGAGAAAAGUAUAUUUUCGGAACAGAAGGAUAACAUGGACAAUGGUCCAAAUAGUUUAGCAUCUGAAGGAUUUGCUGGUGGAAGUGGUUUUGAAAUGUCUCUAGACCCAGACAUAGUAAUUGAAGAAGAAAAUCAGUCGCAACACAAAGGGUCAUCAGUUCUCUAUGGAUUUUGGGUUGAAAAGUAUAAUGAGUCUCAGCCAUUCGACCUUGGCUUGAAGUGGAAGUAUCCUGUGUUUUGGUCAAGUCGACAAGCACCAUUACAUGCUAGCAGGUUUCUGAUGGGCAGUGGAAACGAAAGAGGUGCCAUAGCAAUCUUAUUCAAGUCUGCAAACUCGGCUGAUAGUUCCUCUGGGUCUCGCCAUGUCAGUGAUGGGUGUGAGCUUCAAGUUGAUGUUUUCCAAGUUGUGCCGUGGUACAUUAAAGUGUAUUACCAUUCCCUUCAAAUCUUUGUGGAUGAUGAAGCAAAACCAAUAGGAGAUUUCGUUCAUAAGAUACAAGUUUCCCCUUCCAAAGACAAAACAUCUCCUGGAAUGAUGGAAAUGCUCCUCAAGCUUCCUUGUGAUGUGAGAUCAGCUGCAUUGACAUUGGAAUUUGAUAAGGGCUUUUUGCACAUUGAUGAAUAUCCUCCAGAUGCUAAUCAAGGAUAUGAUAUCCCAUCAGCAGUUAUAAGCUUUCCUAGCUUCCACUCAGUCAUGCAUCUUCUUAGCAACGAUUCAAUCAGGAAGUCGCCUCUGCUGUCCAGAUUUCAGGAAAAGAACCGCGUGCAGUCAUACACUGAAGUAUUGCUUGUACCUUUGACGACUCCAGAUUUCAGCAUGCCUUACAAUGUCAUUACCAUCACAUGCACCGUAUUCGCGCUCUUCUUCGGGUCUCUACUCAACGUACUCCGGCGCAGAGUCGGCGAGGAGGAGAGAUAUCUUAAAGCUGGUAAGAAAAAGGGUUGGCUCCGAGUGCUGCUGUCGAGAUUAUUAGCUAAGCUCAGAGGGAAGCCAAUGGAAGAACCUGAUCAACCCUCAUCUGAAUCAGCACCCUUAAUCGGGAAGAAACUAGUCCUGAAAGUUAUCUUGGUGGCUGUCCUUGCCGUGGCUUGGCAAUUCUACUCUACCUGAUUUGGACUGAUUGAAUUCCUAAAUUAGUCUGCAGAUAGGCGUCUCCAGAAUUAGAAUGCAUGGGGGGAAGAAAUCACUUUAUCUAUUAUCGUGUUAGUGUACUGUAAUGUAGGAUUGUAAGACAGUUUUGUAUCAUGCCGCUUGCUUAGAGACAUUGAUUACAGAUGGAAGUUUCGAAAGCUGAUUUGUCUUUCGUUCCCGCACGAUUCAGAAUCAACAAAAUUGAAGAUAUAUACAGGUACAAUUUCAAGUCUGUCUGUCAUAUAUCUUUCUACAUCCCAGUGUUUCGGUAGAUCGAUAGAGGAUGAUGAUGAUGAACAUCAACUGGAAACAGAGCUGUGUUCAGUGAAUCCUUUUGCAAGGCGAAGCAAGAAGAAGUACAUCAUCUUCGCUCUUCCGUUUCAGGUAUCUGCAUUUCGACUGACCGCUGGAAGUAAUGCCGGCAGCUGCCAUAACCACCUUGUUCUUCCUUGGUGCGGUGUCUGCAAAAACAGAAAUGUGAGAUAACCUUUCAACGUGUUCGACAAAGAAACUGGAACAAAUUGCAGGUUCCACGUUAUGUGAUCUCUCUACCUGAAGGAGGACUGCUCUCAUUGAUUUUCAAUUUCUUCAUCGAGUCGAUAUCUUCCAUGGUCACCUGCUUCCUCUUCAGUGCAUGCCCGUUCCAUGUAAUCCCUUGCCCGCCUGCAACAAACACCAGUCCUGUAAGGAAGGCCAAACUUAAAAUGGAUUGAAAUUGAACAUAACAGAAAAGCAACCUGAACGGAGGAGAAGCUUACUUUUGCUCCCAACUUUACACAGCUUCCCGGCGACGAUCAGCGCAUCUUGAUCGGUUUCCCCGGUGGGGAGACCCUUGCCGGAGAAGUAAUUCAGCAGCGACUUCCACGUCACUGAGGACAUCAGAUUAGCUCCCCUGCCGAUCAGGUGACCGUUGAGCUUCAACGCCGAUGGCUCCAGCCCUAAAGCCCUUGCUAUGGAGCCGAGGUCCAGCCUCUGCUCCUCCCACACCUCGUACGGUACUAUCUUGGACAGCGCAGGGCACAGAAGCUUCACUGUUCUCGACUUGCAGUUGCGCAUUUCCGCCGCCGCCGCCGCCAUUGAUUCGCCUUCUCUUGUUCUUUCUGACCUUGGAGUCUGUUUCUGGUUGUUUACGACUUACCACUCCAUGGAUUGGGAGGGAAGAAGAAUUAGUUUCUCUUUCUUGUUCUCUCUCUCUCUCUCUUCCCGUUUGGUUCUUGGUUUCUUUGCUCCAAGUUUCUAAUAGCUUCUCGAAGUGUCUGAACUGCAGACUGGAGAGUGGAAAGGGGGAUGACGAUUGACGAACAAUGGCGCGGGCGUUG